ACUUGCUCACAAUAUAUUACACGGGAUUCCCCUGCUGAACUAUAAUGGCGGGUCCACAGUAGGGAAAUUAAUACCACCAUACACAAUCAAAGUUCGGAUUUUUAAUUUAGUUGACGCUGCAUCACGUGAAGAAAAAAAAAUCGUUUAAGCACCAAAAAGGGAUUGCUUUCUGACACAAUUUUCAUUUUAACUUUCCGUAAACACAACCACCAAUACGCAACCCUAAAUCGUUGUCUUUGAUGAAAUCUUUUUGAAGACCAAACGGACUUGGUAACUUGCUCUUAUCUCAUUUUUUAGAUAAGACGUGAAUAUCAAGGAUUUUCAUAUUUGUUUUUUCGGGAUUCUCAUCUGAAGGACAAUGCUGAAGAAGUUGAGAGGAAAAAGAACAUCGAGCGUAAAUCCUCCAGGAGCGUCCAUCAACGACUUCAACGAAAGUUAUGACCAUGAUAAGGUAUUCGACGACGACGAUGACGCUCAAUCAUCAAGCCACAUCGACACUCGAACGCUCAUUGACAGGGGCCAACAUGAUCAUCGUCGAAGUCGACAUCAACAAUCUGGAACUGGCGACGUCUGCGAGGUUGACCUAAUCACAGAUGAUUCAGUAGGGAAGAGAGUCAAGGAUAUCCAAGAAGAAAUUAAUGAAGUUGUCGAAAUUUUUGUGAAAAACAUCAACAUUAUUCUUGAAAGGGAAGGGAAGAUCGAGGAAUUGGAACGCAUUUCAGAUGACCUCCGUACAAAGGCCGAAGACUUCCGUCGUGUGACUAGGAAGCUUUUAUUAAGACAAGUCAUUCGAAGAAACCGUUGGCGUUUUGGCUUGAUAAUUGUUAUGACUAUUUGCAUCUGCUUCAUGGUUCUUGCUAUUAUCGGAUGGGCUUGUUUCUUUGAAGAAGAGAGUGGCCAUUUCACGAGGCACUUUAACUGUUCUAGAAUGUGAAUAUGCAAUAGCUAUAAAAUGCAUGCCUGCGGUAUAUGCAGAAAAUUAUGUAAUCAAAAUUUAGUCUGCUUGGUGUGAAGAGGGCUGAAAAUUCAGGAUACAUUCUUUGAAUAUACACUCUAAAAAUGAAGUGCUAAUUCA